GUUUGUCACUCGCGAGGUGCAAGCGUACCGAGUACGUAAUAACACGCCAAAACAAAAUGACGACCCUACGAAGUAAAUUUUAUGAGAGCCAAGAUAAAAAAUCCACCUUUUUUGAUUACGACAAAACAAAAUUUGAUUUCUAUGUACAAAUGAAUGAUAUAAUUUCAGAGAACGAUAAGAAAAUACCCUCGGAACAAAUUCAAAUUUGGACGAAAAAAACUAUUAACGCCUGCAUAGAAGAUAUACUUUUAGAAGAUAUGCAUGAAGUAUUACAUAGAAUAUACAGUACAACAGUAAUUAAAGGUGAACGCAAACUGUUCAAGAAUGGUUUAGAAAUCAUAACUUGGGACAACUGUUUCGAUAUAAUACUUGAUGUACAUAGAAAGGAAGGGCACAACAAGAAUUGGCAGUCUAAUUACGAGAAAGUAUCAGAAAAGUAUGUUAUUAGUGAAAUAUGUUUCGCGACUUUAGUACAAGCAUGUACAGUAUGCCGUGAUGUAAUUCAUCCUAUAAGCAACCCUAUACAGUUCAAUAAGAAAUGUCAAGUGUACACUUUAUGUAUGGAAUCGCAGCCCGAUCCUCCAUUUGAUAAAAUAAUAUUAUUAGUCGAUAGAAUGACUUCUUUUGUACAUUUACGACCAGUGAUCGGUUCGGAUAAGCAAUAUAUCGCCACGGAAUUGCUCAAAAUAUUUACCGAUUUCGGAGUACCGCUGGAACUUAUGACGUAUGAAACUUUGUACCUAAAUGAAAUAAGCGAUAUCAUUCAAAAUAUACUCGGGGUAAAAAUAAUGGUAACGAUUGAUAAGAACGAUCUAAAUGAUCUAACAACCAAUUGGAAAGAUAGAGCGUAUAUACUUUUAAAAGAAUGGUUAGAUGUGACGGGUAGUAGUAAAUGGUCACUGGGUUGCCAUUUUGUGCAAUGGCAAAUGAAUACUAAUAUAGGUGUAUACGUCAGGACACCUUUCGAAUUGGUAUUUGAACAUAAAGAGAAUUUCGCGCCAAAAGAAAGACGGAGAAAUAUACCAAUUUAAAGGAGCUAGAUCAUAAAGAAAAACAAGACAAUUUCAGUCUUUUCAUUCCUGAAAGUUAAGACUAACGGAAGCUAGAGCUCAUCAUUACCCUAUAUGUCCAGUUGUUAAUGAAUGCUUAGUGCUUAUCCAGUUGUAUUUACUCGGAACUGUUAUGUUCUUUUCAGCAUUUAUGUACCUUUUCUAUUAUUAUUCAUAUUCAGUAUUUGACUUUUUGUAUGCAGAAAAUAAUAUUACAAACAAUAUUGUGAAACAAGCGAAAAGAAAAUUACGAUUGCAAUACUCAAUAAUUCUUAGUCAUUUAAUAACAAAACAAAUGGAGAGAUGUCUACCUAAGUAUAAGAGAAUAAAGAAAGUUUUUUAAAUAUUUUUUUUCAUUAUUCCUUUCCCUGUAUAUUCCCAAACAAAAACAUUUAUUUAAAAUCUUAAAGCGACAUCCGCAAAAAAAAUCGUACUCUAGAAUAAAAAUGCCAUCAUGAAAUAAAAUAGGAACGUAUCCUACGCCACGAAAUAUACUAAAAGA